AUAAUUUUAAAACUCGAAGCAUCAUGCCGAAUGAAAUUCAAUCUUGCUAUGCAUUUCGUAAGUAUAUUUAAUUGCAUUAUUUGAUUUUAAUAAUCAAUAUAACUUUAAUAUUUAUAUUAUAAAAAUAUAGAUUUCUCCUUUUUUUCAACUUAUUUUAUUUUAAUUAUACAUUAUUCAUAUGCUGCCUAAUCAAUGCAGAAAUAUAUAACGAAAUAGAAAAAAUUUUGAUAAAAAUAAGUCAUUAAAGAUGAUGAGAAUAAACGUUAUUUUUAUAAAUACUAAAAGAAUAACAAUUCAAUAUUGUUCGCUCCGGCAGUGAAUGUAAUGAAUUAUUAAAUACAUGUACACUUGUGUCGAAUGCUUUUUGGACUUGGAGAUGUGUGUGUGUGUGUGUGUGUGCGCGCGCGCGUGUGUGUGUGUGUGUGUGUGAAGAAGCUGAUCCUCAUGGCUUACCGUAUUUUUUAAAGAUGAGCAGUGUAUAAGCGGUUACACAGAAAUUUAUUUUUAACUUUUGAAAUGAGAGCUAUGUUUAGCGAUGUUUUAAUUUUCAAAAUGAGAGCUAUGAGAGAAAUACAUAUAUAUAUAUAUAUAAGUUACAUCAUUCUUUAAAAUCUGUAUUCUUUAGUAAAAAGUAGAGAAAAAAAAGAUAUUCAAUUUUUAUAAAUAAAAUAUAAAAGAGAUUCCGAUCUUUUAGUGAAAUCUCUAUUUAAUUUAAAUUUUGAAAUUAAAUACAUUUUUUUAAGAUAAAAUCAGUAUCAAUAAUAAAUAAGAAAAAAUUAAUGAAUAUUAUUAUUCCACAACUUGAUAUCCCUCCUUUGCGUCACGAGCUAAUAAUGGUAAUCUAAAUUAUAUAUUAAAGCCAACUGAGUGUAUAAAAGUUCCAGUAUCAAAGAAAAUAAGUUAUAGUUCAUUCAUUGAUAUAAAUCGAUAUAAUUUUUUACAAAUAUGUUUCAUAUUUUAUCAAGAUAUAUCAAUUUGUGUGAACGAAAUAAACAAAAAAUCUUUAAUUUUAUAAAUAUUAGAAAAAAUUCAUUAUGGUGGAAAUGUCAAGAAUCAAGAUACUCUCUUUAUAAAACAAAUAUGCCUUUAAAAUAUCAUACAAAUGAUUUAAAAAUAAAUAAUAAAAUUCCUUUGUUUGGAUCAAAUAAUGUACAAGAAUAUGUCAAUUCAUUUAAAGAUGAAAAAAACGAAUUAAUGGGUAUGUGGCCCGAUAUUGUUCAUGAAUUGAUGGAAGAAGAUAACGAAGAAUUACCAGAUGUUAAAAAAUGGAUAAAAGAGAUAUUGGAAUAUAAUGUUCCGAAAGGAGGAAAACGAAGAUCAGUAUCACUUGUAAUCGCAUAUAAAUUGCUAGCAUCUCAAGAUCAAUUAACGGAAGAAAAUAUUCGUUUAGCUCGUAUCCUGGCCUGGAGUGUAGAAAUAAUGCAAGCGUUUUAUACAAUGAUAGAUGAUAUUUUAGAUAAUGCAAACAUGCGACGAAUUCAACCAACCUGGCAUGCAAAAAUUGGAUUAGGUGCAGUUAAUGAUGGUUUAUUUAUGGAAGCAUGUACAUAUAAGCUUAUUAAAAAACAUUUUAAAUCGAAAAAUUGUUAUACAGAUAUCGUGGAUAUAUUUUUGAAGUAUCAUACAAAAACAACGCAUGGUGAAUGUCUAGAUAUAUUGAUAUCGACAGAUUGGAGGAAGAACGCGAAUUUUAAUGUUUUUUUUAUGGAUCGAUACAAUGAUCUAGCAAAAUAUAAAACGUCUUAUUUCGGAUUUAUGCUUCCGUUCAGUAUUGCUAUGCGUUUCGCUGGCAUAAUCGAUCCAGAAAUGCAUAAGGAAGCAGAAAAUAUUUUGAUAAAAAUGGGUCAUUUUUUCCAAGUACAAAAUGAUUUUUUGGAUUAUUACAGUAAAGAAGAAAUCGGAGGAAAAAGUGGAACUGACAUACAAGAAGGAAGAUGUACAUGGCCCAUUGUGGUUGCAUUGGAGAGAGCUACAACCGAACAAAAAAGAAUUUUAAAAGAAUGUUAUGGAGUAGCUGAUGAAGAAAAAGUAAAACGUGUGAAAGAAAUUUAUGAAGAGAUAGGUAUAUCGAAUAUCUAUUAUGAUUACGAAGAAAAAACGCAUAAUUUAUUGAAUAUAUAUAUACAGCAAUUAUCUUCGAAACUUCCACCUGAAUAUUUUUUAUACUUACUCGCUACAUCAUGUAGUAAAAUAGGGCAAAAAGAUAUUUAAAAAUGCAUGGGAACACAUUCGAUUAUUCAGAUAUUUCUAAAAUAAUAUUCAAAUAAUAUUUUUCUAUAACAUUCUUCCAUACAAAAAAAUAUUUGUAAUAAAUAAUUUCUAACAAAAAUUAAUAGACUAAUUUUUAACAAUUGAAAAGAUUACUAAAAAUUUAUCAAAUGUAAAAUCAAUGAAAAAUAUAAUAAAAAUUAAAUAAUAAAAUCUUUGAAAAUCUGUUUUCAAAACGAAACAAAAAUUACAUGGCAAAACAUACGAUUAUCCAGCGAUUCCUAAAUUAAUUAGGAGCAAUAUUUUCCUAUGCAAAAAUUUCUAUUAUUUUUUGUUAUUAACGUAUUAUUAACGAAGAAUAUUUACCAAUUAAGUACGUACUCUAGCCAUAAAGAUAGUAUUGGCUAUGUGUCGCCAUAUAAGGAAAGAUAAAUUGAAGCAACGUAUCGAAGACACUAUCUAUGUAAUAACUAUUUUAUAUCGAUAAAAAAUACAUAUUUGGAAUAAAAAAAAUAAAGGAUUAUUAUAAAGGAAAUAAAAAAUUAAUUAAAUAAAAAAUUAUCAUGAAUUAUAUUAAAUUAAAAAAGAAUUGAUCAAAUAAAAAAAAUGAAAUCAGA